GUUGGGAUGGCUGGGGUUGCACGGACAACACAGAGGCGUACUCAUACGGCUUCCAGCUGCUCUCAACUCUCCUUCUGUGCCUCAGCAACCUGAUGUUCAUCCCACCUGUGACCAUCGCCAUCCGCAGUCAUUACCUGCUGGAGGCGUCUGUCUAUAUAUUCACCAUGUUCUUUUCCACUUUUUAUCAUGCCUGUGACCAGCCAGGCAUUGUGGUCUUCUGCAUCAUGGAGUACGACGUGCUGCAGUUCUGUGACUUCCUCGGCUCGCUCAUGUCUGUAUGGGUCACUGUCAUCGCCAUGGCCAGACUCAAAUCCAUUAUCAAACAGGUGCUGUACUUGCUGGGGGCGAUGACUCUGUCAAUGGCCUUACAGCUGGAUCGCCAUGGCCUGUGGAACCUUCUGGGCCCCAGUCUUUUUGCUUUAGGCAUCAUGGCCAUCGCCUGGACUGUGCGCACCAUCCGCCGGCGCCGCUGUUACCCGCCGACCUGGAAGCGCUGGGUCUUUUUCCUGUUCCCUGGCACCACCAUUGCCACAUCAGCGGUGGCCUUAUACGCCUUUGUGGAGACGGAGGAGAACUACUUCUACAUCCACAGCAUCUGGCACAUGCUCAUCGCCGGGAGCGUCGGCUUCCUUCUGCCGCCUCGUGCCAAACCACAUCAGCAGUGGCCUUAUACGCCUUUGUGGAGACGGAGGAGAACUACUUCUACAUCCACAGCAUCUGGCACAUGCUCAUCGCCGGGAGCGUCGGCUUCCUUCUGCCGCCUCGUGCCAAACCUGACGUUAAAGUCACUCCCUUGA